UUUUCGUUUUCUGCCAGUAUUAGCGGUGGUCUGUUUAUAUAUUUAUUAAAUUGGAAAAGAAUUUCAUGCAACGAAGUGUUAUUAAUAUUCUGUAUUGUAUAUUUUUACUCGUGAAAUUUACUAGUGGCUGUGGUAAUCGUGCAUACUUUAUCCUGUAAAUCAUUGACUUCCUUGGGUGGAGAGGUAAUGUCUACAAGGUAGCUUGUCGGCUGGCGCAGCAAUGCCGCUGCCGAAGCGCUGCGUGGAGCCUGUGCACGUGUCGCGAGGCACGGUGCCCGAGCGGCUCGCUGUACCCUCCGAACUAGAAGCCGUCACCAAUGGAACACUGGCCAACACUGUCAGGCAGCUGUCUUCGCUUUCGAAACAUGCGGAGGAUAUGUUCGGCGAGUUGACUCGUGAAGCCACAGGUUUGGCGGAAAGGACUAAUGUACUGCAAGCCCGCAUUGAUAGGCUGGCGAUAAAGGUUACGCAGUUGGAUUCAGGCGUUGAGGAAGUGUCGCUUCAAGAGAUCUCGUCGCGCAAACCGUUCCGUUCGUCCCGGACGUUUCAACAGCAACUGUUCUCAAGAAACACAAUGCCGUCAGCGAUGCUGGCGACGUACGCACGCUGCGACCGCCCGCCGCCGCUGGAACGCCUCAACGAAUUCCGAGACGACGGUCGGGAUGCUAGAAAAUUCUACACCGACCCAGAUUACUUCUUUGAGCUGUGGCGUAGGGAGAUGCUGCAAGAUACCGAGCGUAUACAGCACGGGAAGAAGGUGCGACCGGCGCGGAGCGGUGCGGACGGGCGAGCAGGGAGGCGCGUGCGGGCGCCGCACUCGACGCGCGAGAAGCAGAAGGCGGCCGCCGUGACGCGCGGCGAGCACAUCAUGGCGCCCAACCAGCUGCGGCACUACAACAUCGAACCCGCGCCCGUCUCCGCGCCCGCGCCCGCGCCCGCGCAAGCGCCCGUCUAUCGCAUGGACCCCGCCUACCACCCAACCACCGUUACGGAUGGAGGAUACAGGAUGUCACAGAAUCGUCAGCCAUCGAAUCAUCCAGCUAGACCCAAUUCGAUCGAGAUAGAGAACCAACAAAACAGACAACCGAGAAUCACAGGAAAUGGACAUGUGUUCUCGCCAGUGAUGUCUGAGGAGAGUCCGUACGGGUCCGUGUCGGAGUCGAUCUACGGCGGCAGCGGCGCCGGCACCCCGCGCCGCCCGCGCCCCUCCGUGCCCCCGCCCGCGCCCCCCGCGCCCACGCACGCCCACGACGCGCCCGCCACGCACACGCCCACCAGAUGUACGUUGCCGCCGCCGCCACCACCGCCCGAGGGCGGUCCGCUGUCGCCACCAGCGCUCGUCAACGGAGCCUCGCCCCCGCACCGGUCUGCACUCGACGCUCACCUCGAUCACAUGCACGCAGUCAUCGGCAUGAUGUCGGAGGAGCCUGGCGCGCGGUCGCCGCCGCCGCCGCCGCCGGCGCCGCCCGCGCCGCCCGCGCCGCCGUCGCCGCCCGCGGCGCCGGGCCCGGCCGCGCCCGGCGCCGCGCCGCCCGGGGAGCGCCCGCGGCCGCCGUCGCCGGGCUCGCUGCUGCGCGGCGCCUCCGCCCUCAAGCCGCCGCGCCCGCCCGCCGAGCCGCAGCCCGACCCGCGCUCCGACCUGCUCAAGGCCAUCCGCGACGGCAUAAAACUACGCAAAGUGGAGAAGCGUGGCGACGAGAACACCGGUCGGUACGACACGCUACGAAGCGCGCCGGCGCUGCACGAUGUCGCGUCGAUCCUGGCGCGACGUGUGGCAGUCGAACUCAGCGACACCAGCUCCGGCGCCGACUCUGAUUCUGAUGAUUCUGAGCAGUGGACCGAAACACGCGCGUGACGCCGCGCCGACCCGCCGCCCGCCCCUCCCCAGCCACCGC